GAUUGUAUUGGGAAGAGGAACGGAAAAAAGUUAACUGGCAAUUGUUUUUGUUCAUCUUAAAAAUUUGUUUUAAUAUAAAAAAACACUCAUUUUAGCAACAAUAAUUAGCAAAACGAGCUGUGAAAACAUUCAAUAAAAGUGGGUGAAGAUAAGUAGUGCCGAGAAUUGGAGAAAAACGGCGUUAAAAGCUUAACUUCGCAAACGCCCAUACGUGCGUGUACAACCGCUCGACAGGAUGUCGGAUAAUCAACAACCGCCACCUACGUCCAAUGGUGAGGAGCUUGGCCCACCAAAAGCGGACUUCAGUGCCCCUCCUCCCUACGAGUUGACUAACAGCGGCGGCAAUACUCAGCAGCUACAGCAUUCGUCACUACAGCAGGCGCCGCCCGUGCUACAGGUGUCUUUGCCGCCAAUUAACACACCAACGCCAGCCGGCGUCAUGAUGAUAACUGGCGAUGUGCCAAUAAUGCAGCACACGGCCAAGCUGCCCACAUACGAAGAGGUGCAGAUGGAGAAAUCAAUGAAUGGGGAGCUGCCUCCGCCAUUUAUGAACGCACACGUGCUGCAACCACCGCCGUUGCCGCCACCAAACCCCCUAUUGGCCCAUAUACGUGACGGUGUGGGCAGUAUGCCAGGAACCGGCACAAACGCCGCUGGCACCACGCCAGCUCUUACAUUCAUCGCCAUCGAUGCGUCUGAGGCUGAGAAUUUGACCAGCACCACCGACAACAGUCUGCUCGGCACGGAUAUAAUGUUCAUAAUGGCCUUCAUGGUGGCAUUCCUUUUCAACUGGAUCGGCUUCUUAAUGCUCACCUGCUUCUGUCACACAAUCGCUGCACGAUAUGGCGCCCUGUCCGGGUUUGGCUUGUCGCUGGCAAAGUGGACGCUCAUUGUGAAGAACUCCACCGAGCUGGCAUCGCACGAAAAUUCGUGGCUCUGGUGGCUUAUCAUGGCCUUUGGCUUCUUGAUUUGUGUGCGCGCGCUCAUUCAGUAUGUGUCCAUCAAACGCACAUGGCGGUUGCUAUCGACCUCGGCGCAAGAGCGUUUGCUCUUCUUCUAUUAGGUCAUCAAUGGUGCAACCAACACCUAUGUGAUGCUUGCAAUGAAACAUGCAAGCAGAUUCAAUCUAAUUUUUUUUUUUUAGUUUAGCUUGUUUAGUUCUUUUUGCACCGUAGAAUGUUUGUACAUAAUAAAACAAAUAUAUUAAAUAAUAUAAAAUUCGGGUUACACUAAAUGUAUGUAUCUACAUACAGAUCGUCGUUUAAAGUACAAAACCGCCUAUGUGAGGGUGCAUAAAUUAUUUUGUAGAGAGUAAAAACACUCAUAUUUCAAAAUGGUUCUCUCUUUAGUAGUAGUAUAUUUCAGGAUUUGGCUUGAGCCAAGAGCUUCUGUGAGCAAAUGCAAUUUUUGGCAAAAAUAAUCAGUUACGCGUUUUGCAGAACGACGAUACCUGGUUUUGUACUUUAAACGACGAUAUAUAGGUUAGAGUUUUAGUCCAAAAUUAUACAUUGAGCUUUGCGUAGAAAUGUGGGAGCCACGUUUGCACGCGAAUAAUUUUUUUUUUUUUAACACUUGUAUUAAAAAGUUAUCGCGCAAUGUAGAAAAUAAAAUCGUUGAAAACCCUCCCCUACAAGGGAACAGUCUCGAAAAGGGAAUUAAUAUAUCGCUUUUAACGCAUACAUUACAAAAAUUAAGGGGCCGUAUUUUUAUAGACCAAUUUUUGCACACGAGCAGCAGGAAAUACAUAGAUGUUGUAGACGUCGCCAGCAUUUCUGUUCUUUCAAUAUCAUUUGCUCUCCGAUUGGUAUUAGCAUUUUAUUAGAGAAUAGCUCUGGAGGUACUUAACAGGAUGCCAUUUUAUUAGGUUUUUAUUUCGAAGCGUUUUAUGAAUAUCAAAUUCAAAGUUAUUAAUAUUUGUUUCACAACCCGCAAUCAAUCCAAUUGUACAUAUAUUUCCGAGAAUCUAAUAUUGUGUAUUAUUGUUGUUUUUACUAUUAUCUAUAUCAAUGUGUAUUCUUAACGCAAAUAGUUUAUGCGUUUAUUUCAAAUAAAUUAUAGUGAACAUAAAAUUGUC